AUGGCUGAUCCUUUUCUAUAUAAUACUGGAGAAAGGUCUCACUAUGGGUGCCUUGGCCAUGAAGUACAAAUUGACUACCUUAAGGCAUAUGUUUGUAGACCAUCUUUUUCCACGGACAAAGCUGUGAUUGUGGUUCAUGAUGUAUUUGGAUGGCAGUUUCCAGACAUUAGAUACAUAGUCGAUUUGAUAGCAGGUCAUGGAUAUAUAACCAUCUGCCCAGACUUCUUCAAGGGGACAAAACCCUGGACAUCUACUGAUCACUGGGCUGACUUUCCUGACUGGUUGAAAAAUCAUGAUCCUAUGAAAGUAGACAAGGAAGCUGAUGUUGUCUUGAAGUAUCUAAAGGAACAAUGCGGUGCAAAGAAGAUUGGUAUCGCUGGGUUUUCCUGGGGUGGAAUGGCAGUACAUCACUUGAUGCUGAAAAAUCCUCAAUUAGCCGCUGGGGUGUCCCUCUAUGGAAUAGUUAGAGACUCUGAAGAAAGAUACCGUUUACUAAAUCCCACAUUUUUCAUUUUUGGUGAGAAAGACCACACUAUUUCUUUGGAUCAGAUCUUCUUAUUGGAGGACAAGCUGAAACAGUAUUGUAAAGUUCCAUACAAAAUUAAAGUUUAUCCUGGGCAAGUUCAUGGGUUUGCACAACUGAAGCCAGAAGAUAUGAAACCUGAUGAUAAACCUUAUAUUGAAGAAGCUAGAAGGGAUAUGAUUGAUUGGAUCAAAAUGUUUGUUUGA